UCCAAAGGUGGUCCAGAUCUGCGCGGCCAGUGUCGCUUCGGAGCUGCAGGACGCCAACACCGCGUCGGCCUGGCUUCCUGCCUUCUUAUCUUCGUAUCUGCCUGGACUUAUUUCAUCUCAAUGUUUUUGUUUUCGCACCAGCAGUGAUGGACACUCUGUGGAUUUUAUGGAGCCUGCCGGCCGUCCUCGCUGUCGAAGAGACGCUGAUGGACUCCACCACAGCCACCGCCGAGCUGGGCUGGACCGUCUAUCCCGUCUCAGGAUCCAGCGACAACAGCUGGGAGGAGGUGAGCGGCUACGACGAAAACAUGAACACCAUCAGGACCUACCAGGUCUGCAACGUGUUCGACAACAACCAGAACAACUGGGUGAGGACCAAGUACAUCCGGCGUCGAGGCGCGCAGAGGAUCCACGUGGAGAUGAAGUUCUCGGUGAGGGACUGCAGCAGCAUCCCCAACGUUCCCGGCUCCUGCAAGGAGACCUUCAACCUCUACUACUACGAGUCCGACUCCGACACGGCCACCCGGACCUCGCCGGCCUGGAUGGAGAACCCCUGGACCAAGGUGGACACCAUCGCGGCGGAUGAGAGCUUCUCUCAGGUGGACCUCGGGGGCAGGGUGAUGAAGAUCAACACGGAGGUGCGCAGCUUCGGCCCCGUGUCGCGGAACGGCUUCUACCUGGCCUUCCAGGACUACGGCGGCUGCAUGUCCCUCAUCGCCGUCCGAGUCUUCUACCGAAAGUGCGCCCGCAUCAUCACCAACGGGGCCCUGUUCCAGGAGACCCUGUCGGGGGCCGAGAGCACCUCGCUGGUGGCGGCGCGGGGCGUCUGUAUCCCCAACGCGGAGGAGGUGGACGUGCCCAUCAAGCUCUACUGCAAUGGCGACGGCGAGUGGAUGGUGCCCAUUGGACGCUGCAUGUGCAAGGCCGGCAACGAGGCGGCGGAAAACGCCACCGUGUGUCGAGCGUGCGCCUCGGGCUUCUUCAAGCCGACCCAGGGAGACCAGUCCUGCUCCCAGUGUCCCAUCAACAGCCGCACAACCAGCGAGGGCGCCAUCAACUGCGUCUGCCGCAACGGCUACUACCGCACCGACUCAGACCCCUUCCAGAUGCCCUGCACCACGGUGCCCUCGGCUCCACAGACGGUGAUCUCCAGCGUCAACGAGACCUCGGUCAUGCUGGACUGGGUGGCUCCCCGGGACUCGGGCGGCCGCGAGGACGUGGUCUUCAACAUCAUCUGCAAGAGCUGCGGCGGCGGGCGGGGAGGCUGCACGCGCUGCGGGGACAACGUUCAGUUCUUGCCCCGCCAGCUGGGCCUGACGGAGCCCCGGGUCUACAUCAGCGACCUGCUGGCCCACACGCAGUACACCUUUGAGGUGCAGGCGGUCAACGGGGUGUCGGACCAGAGCCCGUACUCCCCCCAGUACGCCUCCGUCAACAUCACCACCAACCAGGCGGCGCCGUCCAGCGUGUCCAUCAUGCACCAGGUGAGCCGCACCGUGGACAGCAUCACCUUGUCCUGGUCUCAGCCCGACCAGCCCAAUGGAGUCAUCCUGGACUAUGAGCUGCAAUACUACGAGAAGGACCAGUCGGAGUACAACGCCACCACCCUCAGAAGCCAGACCAACACUGCGCUCAUCCGGGGCCUCAAAUCGGGGAACAUCUACGUUUUCCAGGUGCGGGCCCGCACCGUCGCCGGCUUCGGACGCUACAGCGGCAAACUGUACUUCCAGACCAUGACUGAAGCCGAGUACAACAUCAGCAUCCGGGAGAAGCUGCCCCUCAUCAUCGGCUCUGCGGCUGCCGGCCUGGUCUUCCUCAUCGCCGUGGUGGUCAUCGUCAUCGUGUGCAAUCGGAGGCGUGGCUUGGACAGGGCGGACUCGGAGUACACGGACAAACUGCAGCAUUACACCAGCGGCCACAUGACUCCAGGAAUGAAGAUCUAUAUUGAUCCGUUCACGUAUGAGGACCCCAACGAGGCGGUGCGGGAGUUCGCCAAGGAGAUCGACAUAUCCUGCGUGAAGAUUGAGCAGGUCAUCGGCGCAGGGGAGUUUGGCGAGGUGUGCAGCGGGAACCUGAGGCUCCCCGGCAAGAGGGAGAUGUUCGUGGCCAUCAAGACCCUGAAGACGGGCUACACGGAGAAGCAGAGGCGGGACUUCCUCAGCGAGGCCAGCAUCAUGGGCCAGUUUGACCAUCCCAACGUCAUCCGCCUGGAGGGCGUGGUCACCAAGAGCAGCCCCGUCAUGAUCGUCACCGAGUUCAUGGAGAACGGAUCUCUGGACUCCUUCCUCAGGCAAAACGACGGGCAGUUCACCGUCAUCCAGCUGGUUGGCAUGCUGCGUGGCAUCGCCUCGGGCAUGAAGUACCUGGCUGACAUGAACUACGUUCACCGUGACCUCGCCGCCCGCAACAUCCUGGUCAACAGCAACCUGGUGUGCAAGGUGUCCGACUUUGGCCUCUCACGCUUCCUGGAGGACGACACCUCGGACCCCACCUACACCAGCGCCCUGGGCGGCAAGAUCCCAAUCCGGUGGACCGCACCUGAGGCCAUCCAGUACAGGAAGUUCACCUCGGCGAGCGACGUGUGGAGCUACGGCAUCGUCAAGUGGGAAGUCAUGUCCUACGGGGAGAGGCCCUACUGGGACAUGACCAACCAAGACGUGCGUACUGCGCUCACACACAAACACACUUCCUCUCCUCCCAGCUGGAAUCAUCACCUUCCUCCCUCCCUCCCUCCCGUGUGGCGUGGCGUGGCGUGGCGUGGCGUGGCGUGGCGUGACGUGGCGUGGCGUGGCGUGGCGUGGCGUGACGUGGCGUGGCGUGGCGUGACGUGGCGUGGCGUGGCGUGGCGUGGCGUGGCGUGGCGUGGCGUGGCGUGA